AUGUUGCUGUUCUUGCUGGUUGUGCUCAUUCUGGCCGCGGGCUGGUUCAUUCAUCUCGGCCAGGCCGAUCGCCGGCGGAAAGUGGCCAAUUUGCCGGGACCGCUGUGUCCGCCGCUCAUUGGCGCCCUGCACCUCAUGUUCCGCUUGAACCCAAAAACCUUUAUCAAAGUGGGUAAAGAGUAUGUGACCAAAUACGGCCACCUCCAGAGAGUGUGGGUCUUCAAUCGCCUGCUGAUAAUGAGUGGUGAUCCGGAGUUGAACGAACAUCUGCUCAGCAGCCAGGAGCAUCUGGUGAAGCAUCCGGUGUACAAGGUACUUGGUCAAUGGUUGGGUAAUGGAUUACUUCUUAGUGAUGGAAAAGUGUGGCAUCAACGACGCAAGAUCAUCACCCCAACCUUCCAUUUCUCGAUCCUGGAACAGUUUGUGGAGGUAUUCGAUCAGCAAUCUAACAUUUGUGUCCAAAGAUUGGCGCAGAAGGCCAAUGGAGAGACUUUCGAUGUUUACAGGACCAUUUGUGCAGCUGCAUUGGACAUAAUAGCCGAAACAGCUAUGGGCACGAAAAUAUAUGCCCAGGCCAACGAGAGCACACCUUACGCAGAGGCAGUGAAUGAAUGCACUGCCUUGCUGAGUUGGCGAUUCAUGUCCGUCUACCUCCAAGUGGAGCUGCUGUUUACCCUCACCCAUCCUCACCUGAAAUGGCGUCAGACCCAACUGAUUCGCACAAUGCAAGAGUUCACCAUCAAGGUGAUCGAACAACGUCGUCAAGCCUUGGAGGAUCGUCAGAAGCAAUCCAGGCUGACGGAAACCGUAGAUGAAGAUGUCGGUUCCAAACGGCGAAUGGCUCUAUUGGAUGUCCUGCUGAUGGCCACUGUUGAUGGAAAACCCCUGACCAACGAUGAGAUCCGUGAAGAGGUGGAUACUUUCAUGUUCGAGGGCCACGAUACCACCACCAGUGCCUUGUCCUUUUGCUUGCAUGAGCUUUCACGGCAUCCGGAAGUCCAGGAAAAGAUGCUGGAGGAGAUUCUACGAGUUCUGGGCACUGAUCGAAGCAGGCCAGUUAAUAUUCGGGAUCUCGGAGAGCUUAAGUAUAUGGAGUGCGUCAUCAAGGAGUCCUUGAGAAUGUAUCCACCUGUGCCCAUUGUGGGACGAAAACUUCAGACUGAUUUAAAAUACACUAAUUCUGUGUAUGGAGAUGGAGUAAUACCAGCGGGUUCCGAGAUUAUAAUCGGAAUCUUUGGAGUCCAUCGGCAACCGGAAACCUUUCCCAAUCCAGAUGAAUUCAUACCAGAGCGUCACCAAGAUGGAAGUCGAGUGGCUCCCUUUAAAAUGAUUCCUUUUAGUGCCGGACCCCGAAAUUGUAUAGGCCAGAAGUUCGCUCAGCUGGAGAUGAAGAUGAUGCUGGCCAAGAUUGUGAGGGAGUACGAGCUGCUACCGCUGGGUAAACGGGUCGAGUGCAUCGUAAACAUUGUCUUGCGAUCGGAUACGGGCUUUCAGUUGGGAAUGCGGAAGCGCAAUAAUAUAUGAAUGUUAGGGAUUCUGACAAGGUAAAAUAAUUUGAAAUGAAAAAAUAUAAUAUUUUAUGUAGUAUUAUCUUGAAAA